GCUCACCCGCAGUCAGAGUUGAGAAAAGGUCAAGGCUAGCCAAGAUGGCGGCCUGGGCCGCUGUUGUUUUGUUAUUACUUUCUGGAAUAUCGGUGCAAUCUGAAUUGGAUUCUGAUAUACAUGGUGUCCUAUCUGCUAUCGACAAGCUUGUCAGUUAUUUCAAAGUCAACGUACAAAAUUUGAAUUUAGAUGGUUUGUUUGGACUGCGCGUUGUGGAAGGGCAAUUGCACUUGCUUGUGACAGAGUACAGCAAAGGUAAUCACAAACAUCUGUCUCCGAAUGUACUUGAGCAAAUUGUGAAGCUGAAGACACAGGCGGAGGAGAUCAGUGCAGUUGCUGUGGAGCCUGUGCGCAAUGAUGAUUCCAAGUACUUUGAUGAUUUCAAUGUUGUCAUUGCUUCUCCAUGGAAAAUAAUGAAGCCUCACAGAAAACUUGUCCCAUCUCUGCGUUGGGAGAUACCACAGUAUAAAGCUAAAGUCAAAGUGAAGUUAACGGAGGAGCUGAGUGACCGCUGCAUGACGGAGCUGAUGCAGUCCACAGAGCUGACCUGCAACAUCUCAGCAGAAUGUGCCAAAAUCAUGACCAUGCGAGGGCUCACAGGCUAUGGCGUCACUCAUCAGCUGCUGUGGUCAGCCUUAGGGGAGAAAAUGCCAAGUUGUCGGACAACCAUAGGCAAGCUGUUGGAGGAACGUGGCGUGCAGAAUGUAAGCCAGAUGCAGCUCGAGCUGUGCACCAAUAUCUUCUACGAGAUGGUGGCUGUGGUGCAGGUCCUGAUGCACGGGGAGGUGCACGAGAGUCACCAGGACCUGUUCCUUGAGCAGCAGUUUGUCUGUCCAAAUUUGGGAUUCUAUGAGUUCCUCAAAAAAGACUACUUAGGUCAAAUUUUGAAGUGGCAAUUCCCAUCUGGUUGUUUUGGAGAGUCGGAGGAGGAUGAGGAAGAAGAUGAUGAUGAAGAUGUUGAAGAGGGAGGUCUGGACCUGACAGCUUUGUUGGAGGGCUAUCAUGAGGGUGGAGAGAACCUGGUACCUCGUGUAGACGAUUCUGUGGUGAAGAAAAUGGCCAUUGAGCAAGGAAAAAUGAAUGUUCAUGGAUACAACAAAGAUAAUGUGUUAAGAACCAAUGUACAUACUGAUAAAAUAUCACAUUCAGAAAAUCCUGUUAAAUCUCAGUCCAAAGUGUUACAGCCUUAUCAAAAAUCUCAAGCACAACUUGCAAACUCUCAAGCGGCUGGGAACACGGCUAAGAGAAGCAAUGUUGAAGUCACCUCCCCUUUGCCUCAGUUGCCUUUCCUUUCUGAGAGUCUUCAUAAACCUCUCUUGUCCAAGGAUAGGAAGGUUGACAACAGACCACAGCAGGUGUUGGCUCACAAAACUGAAGAAGAAUCUCUCCAUAUUGUACAGAAGCGAGGACAGUUGAAUGAGAAAUCGUUACGAAGCGGAGGUGAUGCAUUGGCAGUUGCGAGGAAAGAGGGGAGUCCUGUGAGACAAGAAGAGACUCAGACUGGUAACACAGUACAGGUGGUGCGGGGUAAGAGACUUGGUGCGGAGGGGAAGUUGGGAACUGGAGGAUAUGGCAGAAAGGUUCGUCAUGGACCUGGAAGACGUCUGCUGGUAGAGAAAGAUAUGGGAGAUGGAUGUCUUUCCCACAAGACAGGCGUGGCAGCUGGUGCUCUGGUCAUGUAUCUUCGCUACCUCAUCGACCCGGGAGACAUCAAGUGGACUGGCCAGCAUGAGCUCUUCCUCUCCGACACCCGCAGUCUGCUCCAAGCACAAGAUCAGAUGCCCCCGGUAGACAACGGGGAGGAUGAUAUGGCCAACGAGGAAGAUGAGGAGACAGACGAAGAUGGAGAGGAAAAUGUGGAUCUGGUCAAUGACAACCGAAUGAUGUACAAUGCAGAUGAAGAGGGAGAGGAUGGGGAGUUAGAUGAGGAGGACGAGGAGGGUGAUGAGGAUGGGGAGGAUUACAACCCGGGGGAUUAUAAUGAUGAGAAGGUGAGAAAUGAUGGAGGAGAGGAUGAGGGGAUUCAGAAUGGGGCUGGUCCUGUGAUCCGCUUUGGGGCGAGUCUGAAAAGCGGCACAAUUGUGAUCAGCGAGGACAGUGAGAAGGACAGUGCGGACUACGCCAAUGCCAUCGGGAAACCUGGGGCUCCAAACCCAAACCGACAGGUGCAGCUCCCAGGCGCUGCCAUCAUUGAUGUGGAGGAGAAGGUAGCCGAUCAGGACCAGGAGGAGGAUCAUAACUACGAUGAUGAGGGCGAGAUGGAGAAAGGUAUUAUAAAGCGAAUGAGGCCACCCACCCCUCGCCCGCACCCUCCCAUCAGGGCUCGGCGGAAGCACUCGGGGCAGUCUCAUUCGCAGGUGUCGUUCUACGGGGCGGACGAUGACCUGAGCUUUUCACCCGAUCACCCAAACUACACAGUCAUUGUUCUGGUCUCUGUAGCUCCAUUCUGCAUCCUCUUUUUCUUUUUGUUCAAGUUCAUUCGCAAACGCAGGGUGCAUAUUCGUUACUACUUCUGACAGGCGUGUAUUAAAAUUGUGUUUGCGCUGACGUAUUUGCGUGGAAACAGAGUGUUGAUGAUUGUGUUGUGUUGCUGUCAAUCUGGAGAUUUGAAUGGCAGCAGAGGUUCUCUUAAAGUGCUCAAAUUCAGGGCUUCCUUACUGACUGAUUGCACUUUUACCUCUGUGCAUUUUUUGCUCUCUCCAGAACAGAGGGUACCUUAGAUGCAACUUCAUGUGUUCAUUUUGUUCAUUGUUAGGCAGUGGAUAUGUAUGUGAGAGAAUAGAGGGUCCUUUGGGAAGAACUUUUUUUUUAAGUUGGAGAAAGAAGAGUUGGGAUUGUGUGCUUUUGGGUGUUUGUGGUUGUGUUAAAGAUGUCAGGUGUAAAUGUGUUCUUGAGAGAAACAGACAGAUACGGAAGGCUAAUGUCUUUCUUUGAAUUAUUUGGAACAGAGAAAUGAAUGUGGGUCACAUGUUUGGUAUAGGUUGCUGUCAGAGUGGUCAUACAAGACUUAUCAUCUUUGCUUUUUUGUUCAGGGUGUAUCAGAAGUUACAUUGUCAGUAAGCUGUUUCACUGAUCUAAGCCAGAAAAGCAAAAUGUUCUCCGGAGAGAGAAAAAACUGUUUUAUUCUUUCAAAAAUUGUACCCAAAUUAUGUAUCUUUUCUUGCUCUGUUCAGCAUUUUGAAUUUGAAUUUCGACAAAAUGUUUCUGAUGGAGCAGAUACAAAAGAUUAAGAAUCUGCAAUUUUUUUUUAAAUUUCAAAAUACUUGGCUUAGUACAUUUGAACAGCUGGCUGACGAUAUGAAUUAUAUUAUGUUUGUCUGUGUGUGUGCUUGUGGAGUUAUAUGCCAUUUGUAGUGCUUGUCAUAUAAAUGUUAUGUGGGGGUAGAGAGUGUUGAAAUACUGAUCCCCUUUCCAAUUGUAAUUGUAUUUCAUUCUCCCCUCUAUCUGCUACUUGUGUGAUGUGAGUGGGGAGUAGGUACGUCUUACUUCUUUGCUCUCCCCCCCCCCCCUGGUUUCUGUUUGUCUAUCUUUCUUUUGCCUGCCAUUUAUUAUUUAAUGGCCACUAUGGUGUUGCUGUGCUUCUCUUUCACUCAAGCAAACAAGUGACAUCUGUUUGUGAAUAAUAUGUAAUCUUUUGUGGGUGUUUUGUAUUUUGCCGUGUUCUGGCGGGUAAUAGAAGAUGAAUAGAUGUGGCCUCCAAUAUGACAUAUCACAAGUUGUGUACUGUUUAGCUCCCUGUGACAGUGAAAUGAGUCAAUUUUUUUUUGGUAUGUGGCCUCAAAUAGCUUCAAGGACAUUUGUAAUGGACUGCCGUCAAAACAUGCUUUAUAUCAUGCUGGAAAAGGUCUCCUGGUGUCAUAUGUACAACUACACAUACAUAUAUAGCUAUUUUUUAUGUGCAAUACUUAUGCGGCUAUAUGGUUUACAAGUCUGUUUGUGUCAUUUCAUCUGUGGAGAAAUUUUUUAUAAUGAAAAGUCUAUUUUAAGUUUCAGUGCCACAUACUCGCUAAUAUAUAAAUGUAUGUAUCUGUCUGGCACUGUUAGUGGUGUUCUAUACAGUCACGGGUCAAUGAAAAAAAACGUGUUUUUUUUAAAGAUAGUUCAUACCUUUUGUCCAGGAUGGUGAGAAAUGUAAAAUUCUUCCUUAUACGCUGAUCGUUUUUGUAUUACCUUUUUUUUCAAUUAUACGCAGGCAGGAUUUUUCCUUUUCAGUUGAGCCGCGCUUCGAGAAACCCUGUCAUAGUGAAAUGUCCUAGAUCCUCUCAUGAUACUUUGACAUAUAUGUAUAAUGUAUAUAUUAAAUCUGUCCAAAAUGGAUACUGCGUUAAAAGCUUAAUUCCUCAAAACAAAUCUACUCUUUCUAUACCACAGUCAACUGGACAAAUUGUUUACUAAUGGAAUCUAUCAGACCAGUUUAUGAAGGAGUGGGGGCUCCUCAGAUGGGGAAGAAAGCUAGCGUUUCCGCCCUCCAAUGCGAUCUGAGCCGUCGUCUGGUCCAGUCAAAGGGAGACUGCAUGUACUUCUUGACAUUAUGAUCCUGUUACAUUUUUUUCAAUGGCAUUUUAUGAUGCAGACAUAUAAGACAGACAGAAAACAAUGUAAAAAAGACAGAACAAUGGAAAGAACUAUGUAUGGGGAUGGGUGUGGCAACAAAUUCGAGAACAAGUGAAGCAUGCAUGUUGUGAUGAUUUAAUAUUGUUUGGCAUUAGUAAAUGCCGCUAAAACUGGUAUGAUAAGAAAUGUUCAUUGAAUGUUGACCUUGUCUAGUGACACUCACCCCAUCUUUCACUUGUCCAUCCCUCACCCAUCCCGUCCACACCUCACCCGAGCCCAAACCGGUAACAUUGUCUGAGACAGAAACCUGUCAAAGAUAGAAUUUUUUACUCACUCCUUUGCAACUCUGCUGAAAAUAGGUUUCUCUGUAGCCUACAUGUUUACUUUGUCGCCGUUUAUUGUUGAUUUGUUUCUUUGUGAUUAUCAAAGGUUUAGUAAAGUAGAAUGACUCAAAUUUUUAGAAUGUUUCAGUGAAAUUUUUAGGAGUUUAGGAUUCAGAGAGAUGAAGACACAGGGAUCCAGGUAAAUGGUUCAGCAGAAUAUAUUUAUCCCGCUGUAGUAAUUACCUUUUGAUUAAAUUGAUUUAUGAUUAUUUAAUGGUUUUUGACAGUGACAGUAGGCUACUCGGAUGAUUGUGAAACUGUUUCUCAAACUUGAGGAGAGCAAACAUGCUUUAUUUUUAUAUCAAUUUAGCACUUUAUAGCAGGAUGACUGGUGAUGAAAUCCAGCAUUAUUUUUGUGUUGACAUUUUGUGCACCUCCUCGUCAGAUGAGACUUCAUGUUUGCUUUUCUAACAUCUGAUUGUGAUUUUUAUUCCCCACAAUCAUUAUGGCAGAGUAUUAUUUAAACAAUAUAUUUGUUUACUGUGUUCAUAAUGUGAUUAGAUAUUUUAUAACAAAGCGUUCAAAGUAACAUAUUUUAUUGAUAAUUCAGAUGUUGAACUAAA